GAUUCGAUUCGAUUCAAUCCCAUGUAACAUCCGCGAAAUCGAAACCUGCAUUUGGUCACACUUCACGCUGUUUCCCAGAGAACUGCAACGACGGAACAUCUCAUAAAAUCGAAAACAAGCUCAGCAAACCAGCAACCAACAAGAACCAAAAACCAGCAAUACAAGUAUACAGUCAUUUCUUACGCUUACAAGCACAUAAUACAGAUUCCAAAAACAACAAACACUAUCAUGCAAUCUCAUUCCGAAUAUUCAUUCAUCGACAGAACAAAGCCGGAACUGCCUCGACAAGCAGGAAAGCUGCAAAUAUAUGGAAAAGAAGACAUUUCUUCUCCUAUCAAUAUGGAGCCCCACCAUGACGAAUCAGCCUGGAAAUGCCCUGUGACCGAGUUGUUACAAGAAACACUACCAAGACACCACAAGGAGAAGAUGGCCGAGCUGCAAGAAAAGCUAGCCAAGCUUCAUUCGAAAUUGAAUGCACUAGGCUCCAAGGUUGAUCUUGUCCAGCAGCCGGAUCUUGUCCAGCAGCCGAAACAACGGGAGGCCGAAGAUUUCACAAGCAUCGAGUUUUUGAUCCGUAAAGCUUAUCUGUCAACCAUUUUUGAAUGCGAAGAUGAAGGAGAAAAGGAAGUGAGAGCAAUUGUAUAGUUUAUGGCUGUACAGCCAGCUUACGAGUUUAUGAGAACUGGUAGUAUAGCAACAAAACAUAAAGUCAAUCGUUGCUUGUAAUAAUAGAGAACAAAGAUUACUAAAAUUGGGCAACCACAACCUCAGACAGCUUCCAGGCUCUUUGCUACGCUACAGUAGGGCUA